AGGUUCAGACCAGGAUGAACAAAAGUAUAAUACUGAACCCACUAGGGUACCCAAAAUGGAGAUAAGCAGGCACAUAAAGGCAUGCUGUAGGUUGACUUUGUCUUUUCUGAUUCGUCGGUUUGUGUGGCUCUUUUCACAGGAGUGACCUAACCCACACUUUAUUUACUUAUAUGAUAAAUAAGUUUAGUGUAAUGUGGUGCAAAAUACACAGUGUUUACUUUUAAUUUAAUAACAUGAAGCUGCAUCAAGUUUCCAUGGUGACUGUUCAAGAAAUUCUGCAUUCAUAAAUAAACAUCAGACUGUCAAAGGAGCUCAUCUGUGCGACAAGCCCACCGAGCUGAGAGCGUUUUCAGGUCGAGAUCCCCCCGUACGCCAUCGUUGGAGAGCAGUUAAAGUUUUUCUUCCUGACUGUGAUUUGAAAACGUCUAAAUGGAAUCAAGUCAGGGAAUCUAUAAACCUAUCAGGGUGUUGUUCAACACACCGAUUUAUGAAACAGCUGUAAAGAUCUGCUGGCAUCUUCCGGGCUACAGGACUCAGAUUGCAAUUAUGACGGAGUUUCUCAGACUUCAGCAGGAAGAUCUAAUUCCACCUAACCUCACUGCUGAAGAUCUGAGAGAUCUUUUGGUGGAGAAGAGCAGGGAGACACUCAGAGAGCAGCUGUGGGAGUUUAAAUUAGAGGAUUUUGAAGAAGAGGAAGCCAAACCUCUUCUGAGGCUGGUAUGGGCAGUGAACGUCAUCAAUAAAAUGAGGGACGUUGAAUUUCAAGCUAGAAUGCUUCUCCAGUUCCCAGAGGCCAUACCUCCUAAAUUUCAAGCACCUAAACUCCUCAGCGUGGUGAAGGAUUACGUUGAAAUCCUAAAAGAGAAGCAGCAGGAACAGGAUAACAUCAAACUGCUCACCGCGCAGGAGGUAGUGAUCGAGGUAGUUCCCCGCGUUCUCCAGGGCUUCUGGGAGCUGCCUCCUCGUCCCCUCCUAAACAUGGCCUCUCAGAGUCUAAGUAUCCUCUCCACGAGUGUCACCAAGGCCACUUUAGAUCGUGUCUCCAAGAGUCUCACGGCGGAAACACAGGCCAUCUUCACCCGCUCCAUCCGAGACAAUAUGGUCGACAGCAUCCUGACGGAGAUCAGGCAGAAAUUUCCUCAUGAAAUUCUGUCUAUCAAAGUUGCAAACUUUGCACCAGUGUUGCUGAAGACCAUUGCUGAUGUAGCAAUGAUCCGGAUAUCUAGAAUCUGUGAGCCCCCUUCAAGUCUUCCUGAUGUGAAGAACACAAAUGGAGAACACUCCUCUGACGGUCUUUCAAUGGCAAAUGUUCCACCAGCCGAAGGAUCUUUUUCAGAAAGUGCUCCACUGCCUGACGUUCUCUGUGAGGAACUUCUUGCUGAUAGGGCAUCCAGUCUGAGGGCUGAAGACCUUAAGAUCGAAGGAGCUCUGUCAGAAAGUGUUCCAGAGCCUGAUGUUCCCUGUGAGGAACCUUUUCCUGAACCUGAAACCAAUAUGAAGUGCAAAGACCUUCAGAUCAACAACAAAGAGAAGAAAAAGGGCUUCUUCAAAAGACUGAGAAGUCUGUUCUGCUGUUGUUGCAGACCACAAGACACCGACUGACAUUGAAGCUGAAAUUGUCACCGUACUGGGUCUGUGACCCAGCACUGGUGUUCCAGUAACUGUAAAUAUGUAAAUAUGUUCCUUGAUGAUUGUUGUUCAUGUUUUGGGGGUUUCUUUAGUUUUCAGUGGGCUGGGUGUUUUCUUCCCUUCGUGUUCUUUAUUUAAUUCUUGUUCAUAGUUCCUGAUUUGUUUUCCUAGUUCUUGUUUCUUAGUUUUUAGUUUCUUGAAUCCACUUGAGUUUCCAGCAAUAAAAGCUGCCGAUUUAAGUUUUCUUCCACGUAAGAGUCCUGUGUUUGGGUCCUACUACCUGCCCAUCACAACACACCAUGACAGAAAUCAAACUUUAUAAACUCAUUCA